AUGCCCGAUCUCAUCCAGACCAAAUCGGUGGUCCUAGGCUACGGUGUAAAGAUGGUUUUGGCUCCAGCGAAAGCAGCGAGGAGUCUUUUAAUACGAGAAGAAGCCGUCUGGAGAUUCUCCCUGCCCAGAGUCUUGUCAACGCCUACGACAAUGUUGGAGACGACGGAGCCAAUUGCGCACGCCAGCGAGCUGGACAAACCCAGCAUCGUUGUCACGAACACCGAGGUCGACAGCGAGGAUAACACUUCCUCCGUUCUGGGCCGCUAUAUACCACAGAAAUGCCUCCAGAACGCAAGGCUCGCAGCUGUAAACUCGUGUGUCAACGAGAUCUUCGAGGCUCGCUUCCGGGAGCGGCCCGACGCCCCCGCGGUCUGUGCCUGGGAUGGCAGCUACACUUACCGCGAGUUGAACGACAGAUCAUCCGCUCUUGCCCACAAACUCCGUCGCCGGGGUGUGCAAGCAGAGGUGUUGGUGGCACUCCUCUUUGAGAAAUCUAAAUUCAGCGUCGUUGCAAUGCACGCUGUGAUCAAGGCCGGCGGCGCGUUUCAACUGUGGGACCCAUCCUUGCCUGUGGCUCGCUUGGGAGGAAUGUUUGCUGAGUCAAAAGCGCACUUGGUGCUCGCAUCGGCCGCAAAUGCCCGACUGGCCGCUGAAAUCAGUGAGAAUGUGAUGGUGGUGGACGAGUCCCUUGUUCCCCCCUGGGAGUCUGCACCGCUGAAUCCUGGAACGCAACCGGAGAAUGCGCUGUACUGCGUCUUCACUUCCGGCUCGACCGGCAAGCCCAAGGGGUUCUUGAUGGAUCACCGAGCGUUCUGCACCUGUGCACUCGGCGUCGGAGAAUUACUCGGAUUGAAUGGAGCCUCCCGGCUUAUUCAGUUCUCUGCGAACUCGUUUGAUCUUGCGACGUUCGAUCAUAUUCUUCCGUUCCUGUGCGGUGCAUGCCUCUGCAUCCCAUCCGAGGAAGAGAGGAAAGGCGACCUUACUCGCGCAUUCAACAGAUACCGUGCUACCCAUGCCGUACUCACGCCCACGGUGAGUCGUCUCCUGGAGCCCGAAAAGCUCACCACCUUGCAGGUAUUGCUGCUAGCAGGUGAGGCGCCCAGCAGGGAAGAUAUCCGGCGUUGGGCCUCCACUGUCGGGCUGCUCAACGGUUACAGCCCUGCAGAAGCUGGAUGCAUCACUAUUGUCAACCCGUCCUUGCAGGAGAGUCAUCCGAGCAAGAUCGGAUUCCCCGUCAGCGUGGUACCCUGGGUAGUGGACCCAGACGACUGCAAUCGACUAGUGCCGGCUGGAGAGGUAGGAGAGCUGGUACUGCAGGGACAUACGUUGGCGCGAGGAUACUUUGGACGCCCGGACCAAAGUAAAGCGGCCUUCAUCCCGACGCCUGCAUGGGUACGCCAAUUUGGCUACGAGACCUAUGGACGUCUGUACAGGACGGGAGACCUGGUUCGAUUCGAUGCCGAGGACGAGUCCCUGGUCUACAUCGGCCGCAAGGAUUCCCAGGUGAAGAUCCGCGGUCAGCGACUGGAACUGGGUGAGGUUGAGCAUGCGUUGCAGCAAUUCUUUCCCCGGCCCCAGAUAGUCGUGGUCGAGUUAUUGACGGCCGAGGAUAGGGAGCCAGCCUUGGUCGGGUUUGUCUACCAGCCUGGAAGCUCGCAACAUAUGCCAGCCCCGCCGCAGCACCAGGACAAUAGUCUUUUCCUGGUGGCCGAUGACCAGUUUUGCGCCGACGCCCAGAAAGCUCUGGCAUCGCUGCGGGAUAUAUUGCCCCCGUACAUGAUCCCAUCCGAUCUGCUGCGGAUCUCCCAUCUACCCAUGGUACCGUCGGGAAAGACUGACCGUCGAUUGAUCCGGAUGCGUGCGGUGGAUCUGGCGCCCGAGGAGAGGAGAAAGUACAGCAGUGUGCUCGGUCAAUCCCGGGACCAACCAGUAACCCAGCUGGAAGAGUCGCUGCUGGGGCUCUGGGCUACCUGCCUCAAGCUUCCUCCUUCGCAGAUCGGUGUCCUGGAUAAUUUCUUCCACCUGGGCGGGGGCUCACUGGAAGCCAUCCAUCUCGCCGCGGAAGCCCGAAACAUGGGGUUCGCGGAAUUAUCCUCAGCAGCUGUGUUCCAGUGUCCCACCAUUCGGGAGAUGGCAGGCAUGUUGGACGGGGUGACGGCCUCUGUCCAAGAACAGGACCCCCGCGGCUGCACCUCCUUCCAGCUGGAGUCGUCACUGGUGGCUGAAUUGCUGCGGAAAAGUCAAUGCACGCUCGAGGACCUGCAAGAAGGGUUCCUACCCCUUACUCCCUUCCAAGAGAAAACCGCGAAGAUGAAGCCGAUGCACCUGUUGCUCGACAUUCCCGGCAUCGACCAUUCGCGCCUCGAGGCCGCUUGGGCGCUCGUGCUAGAAAAACACAUCAGUUUCCGAUCCAUCUACGUGGAGCACCAAGGCCGUGUCUACCAAGCUUUUCUGCGCCAACCUGACACGGUCUCUAUUCCUAUCAGAUGGUGCGAUGAACCAGUGCAUGAAUGUGCGGCAAGAUUCUGCGAACAAGAUGUGGAUCUGAUCCUGGAUGGCCGCCCCUGGUGGAGCAUGACCAGAAUCAACAACAAGAUCGACAGUGUUCUCGUGCUCCGACUGACCCAUGCCCAAUGGGAUGCUCUAACCCUGGAUGUGCUUUUCAAAGACUUUAUGGCGGCCUACGAGAGUCGCGAACUCUCUCGGCGAGACCUGGAAUUUCCCGCCUACAUGCGGUUCCGUCUGAGACACAAUGCGUCGCCGGCAACAGUCAGAUUCUGGUCAACGUUCUUGCACGGUUCCCGGCUCACUCAGCCCCUGCUUCUCGAUGGCGCCGCGGAGGUAGACCCAGGAAAUGAGGCGAUGGUCUUUGUGUCUCAGCAGAUUCCGAUGUUGACCCCUCCUCACGGGAUUACCCUGGGUUCCGUAUUUCGGGCCGCCUGGGCUUUCGUGCUGGCCCGCUACACCGGGCAAGAGGACGUGGUCUUUGGCGAGUUUGUUGAGGGUCGCUCCCUGCUGGUGAAAAGCGUGGAGAAGGUCACUGGCUGCGCAGCUGCGGAGACCCCCAUGCGCAUCGUCGUUUCGCCCACGGCAUCGGUCCGCGACCUCCUCAAGCAUUCCCAGGAGCAAUACGUUGCGCGAAUUCCGUACGAGACCUGCGAGCUGGAAGAUAUCGUGCCAUCCAGCACCUCCUGGCCCACCGACACCACGUUCAACCAUAUCCUGGUCAUACAGCAUGAGCCAGUGCUUCCUCCUGUGGCUCUGGAUGGGCGUCCAUGCCCGCACCGGUGGGCCUUCCACGGACGGCUCGAGGACGUCUACGUCCAAAUGGUGUUCGGCCCGGAUACGCUGCACGUUGGAAUGUCUGGUCCGGAGAUCCGGCUGUCCAGGACCAUUGCGACCCAGUUGGUUGAGAAGCUGGCGUCGACAAUAACGCAAUUCAAUGACCGGCCAGAAGCUCUGUUAUCUGAGAUUACGGUGUGA